AAGCUAAAAAGAAAUAGGGAAAGGGCAUGAACCCCAGUAAUAAGAGCAGAAAUCAGAGUCGGGUUGGUUAUAUAAACAGCCGCCUUGGCGUCAUAGCCUCUCACUUGUCUUCUGCCCACAUGGCUUCUGAGAAGGAGGCUGCUGUUGUAGCCACUCCCUCUGAUUCUCCAACCAUAUUUGACAAAAUCAUUAACAAGGAAAUCCCAGCAACCAUUGUUUAUGAGGAUGACAAGGUUCUUGCUUUCAGGGACAUAGCUCCCCAAGCUCCUACACACAUUUUGCUUAUUCCCAAAGUUAAGGAUGGAUUAACUGGACUCUCUAAGGCUGAAGAGAGGCACACUCUGAUUCUGGGCCACCUUCUUUAUACUGCCAAGCUCGUUGCUAAACAAGAAGGCCUUGAAGAUGGAUUCCGGAUUGUGAUCAAUGAUGGUCCCAGUGCAUGCCAAUCUGUUUAUCACAUUCACGUCCAUCUUCUAGGCGGACGACAGAUGAACUGGCCUCCCGGCUAAGCUGAAGCUAUCAUGGACGUGUCAUAUGGUACGUCUUCCAAUAUGUCGGUGUCUAUGGAAAAUUAAAAUCAGUAUUGAAUAAAUUUGUCUUGGAAGUAGACCAUGUUCAAGAACCCUAAAUGCUUUGCCUCUAUGGAUUUUGAUGCUGAAGAAUGCCAAACUAUGAAAUGUAUCUUCAGUGUUUCUGCUGUUAUGGAAUAUCCAAAUUAGUUACUUUGAGGUUA